AUGGCAACGACAACAAAAACCACAACGGCAACGACAACAAAAACCACAACGGCAAUGACAACAAAAACCACAACGGCAACGACAACAAAAACAACAACGAAAACCACAACAAAAACAACAACGAAAACCACAAUAAAAACAACAACGAAAACCACAAUAAAAACAACAACGAAAACCACAAUGGCAACUACAACAAAAACAACAACAAAAACAACAACGAAAACCACAACGCCAACUACAACAAGAAUGGAAAGAGUGGAAAGAGUGGAAAAAAUAGAUAUGGUGAGAAUACCAAGUCAGACUUUAACGAUAAGAACAAAUUUAUAA